CCCCGGAAUUCUACUCUCUCUCUCUCUCUCUCUCUCUCUCUCUCUCUCUAUAUAUAUAUAUAUAUAUAUAUAUAUAUAUAUUUCUUGCAUCAUACCUUUCAUCUUUCGCUUAAACUUCCUCAUCACAACUCAAUUAUAUAUAGCUACUGAGAAGUGAGAACUACAUUCAUUAUUUCUGUCAUGGAAACAACAUGCGUGGAUACGUCUCUCACCCUCAACCUUGUUCCCCUUCACAAAACGGAUGUUGCGCCGGAGGUUUUGGUUGAAGAAUUGCAUCGGCUAAGCUGUGAGAACAAGAAGCUAACGGAGACAUUGAAGCAAGUAUGUGAGAACUAUGUUGCCUUGAAAACCAAGCUCAGCCAACUGAGCAGUAAUAACAUGGUGAGUUCCGAGAAAGAAGCCGCGGCGUCAGGGACGCCAACGCGAAAGAGAAAGGCGGAGAGUGAGAGCUGCAUGAGUACCUAUACUGAUAAGUGCAACACCCCAACUAGUACGGACGAAGAAACACUCAAAAGAGCUAAGCAUGAAGGUUCGCCAAAGGUUUCCAAGAUUGUUGUACGAACUGAAGCAUCUGAUACUACCAGCUUAUAUGUGAGGGAUGGAUAUCAAUGGAGAAAAUAUGGGCAGAAAGUGACCAGAGAUAACCCCUCUCCUAGGGCUUACUUCAGGUGCUCCAAUGCCCCAAACUGCCCCGUCAAGAAGAAGGUGCAAAGGAGUGCAGAAGAUCGAAGAAUGUUGGUGGCAACAUACGAAGGAGAGCACAACCAUGUGCAAGCGCAAGAUUCUUAUUAUUCAUCAACCCUGCAAAGUGAUGAUCAUUAUCAAAGCCCUACUAGAGUUGACUUGGUCAAUAAGUCAGAAUUAUUAGAAUCGGUUGGCAAUAACAAUGAUGGAAAAAAGUCUUCUUGUGUGCGGCUGCAGCCCCAGCUGUUAGCUCAACAAAUGGCCACUUCUUUGACUAAGGAUCCCAAUUUCACCGCCGCACUUGCAACCGCCAUUACAGGAAGAAUUCUAUCUUCACACUUCUCCCAAUAACCCCCUACUCAUAAAUUAAUAUAUACAACCUAUAGCUAGCUACUCAUCAUCGUGCAUCAUGUAUUACCAUUAAUUUCUUGACUUUUUGAACAGCCACCAGAGAUAUAUAUUUAUGUAUGUAGUAUAUUAUUUAUACAUCAUGAAAAUGAAGCAUAAAUAUAUAUUAAAUGUACUUUAGUUUAUACACUGAAAUUGAAGAAAGAGAUGCUGGUAUCUAUCAAUAUUAUAAAUCUA